CCAGAACAGAAAUUGGAUCUGAAGCUGUACGAUUCAACAUGAGCUGCUGUUGUGUCAGGUGAAACAAGCGACUGGAUUUUUUUUUUCAAUUUAACUCCAGAAUAAUAUAACGUAGAAGGGAACUUCACAAAAGGAAGGCAGGGAUGCAAUUAGAGGAUGAGAAGGGUGGGUGGCUCGCCCCUGUGAUGACAUUGAACAAUGGAUAACGAACAGCACCACCAGGAACUGGUGAAAUGCGUGGUGGUAGGAGAUACUGCAGUCGGAAAGACUCGACUUAUCUGCGCAAGGGCAUGCAACAAGCAGCUCUCGCUCAGCCAGCUCCUCACGACCCACGUCCCCACUGUGUGGGCUAUAGAUCAAUACAGGAUAUACAAGGAUGUUUUGGAGAGAUCUUGGGAAGUGGUGGACGGAGUAAAUGUUUCACUGAGACUAUGGGACACAUUCGGAGAUCAUGAGAAAGACAGGAGGUUUGCUUAUGGAAGGUCUGAUGUUGUUCUACUAUGCUUCUCUCUCGCCUCUCCCAACUCUUUACGGAACUGUAAAGCUAUGUGGUAUCCAGAGAUCCGCAAGUUUUGUCCGCAUACACCUGUCAUCCUUGUUGGUUGUAAGAAUGAUCUCAGGUUCAUGUAUAGAGAUGAAGCAUACCUAGACUUUUUCAGAGAGAGGAGUCCUUUUCUUAGGUAUAAUAUUAAAGGAAGCAGUUGUAGAAAAAUAAAAAGGGCGAUAAGGAAGUCUGAUCUUGUCAUGCCAGACCAGGCAAGAAGUAUAGCAAGGGAGCUGGGUGUUACUUACUAUGAAACAAGUGUUCUAACGUACUAUGGGGUAAAUGAAGUGUUUGAAAAUGCCAUUCGCUCAGCCCUUAUAGCUCGACGACAACAGCGGUUCUGGAUGACAAAUUUAAAAAAAGUACAACGACCUCUCCUUCAGGCUCCAUACUGCCCUCCAAGACCUACGGCAAGACCUGUCCAAGUAUGUGCAUCUACAUUUGAUGACUCUCUAAGGUGGCUUUUAAGCCAACUUCCUCAUACAGAUGUCAUAUUUGUUGCAGGGACAACAUGUCUGCCAGCUCAUAGGUUUAUGCUUGCUUCAGCAUCCCCUUCUCUUCAAAGACUUCUUUGUACUGAUUUAACUGGAGAGUUAAAUACUAGGAGUGCUAGCGAAUCAAGCAUGGUUUCAUCAUUUGGUGAAGCUACAUCAGGUGAUUUCAACGAAGACACAGAGUUCCUUAUUAGAGUUGAAAAACCUUCAAGAGUAGGAGUUUGGGACCAACUAAAGAGGCGCUCGAGCUGUCAAGUGCUCACCUCUGCCUGUAACAACAGUCCGAGUCAGCGGAUAUGUGCCAAUCGAGAGCUCAACCAUCCGGCGUUCACUAGUAUUAGGGUUCAACAAUGUGAAGAUUUAGACCCUCAAGGGAAAAUCACUACUUCAGUUCAGACUGUUAUCACUUUAAGCAAACUUGUUACCGCACAAGCAAUGCAGCAAUGCCUACAGUUCCUAUAUACCGGUACAAUAGAUCCGAAAUUUACUCAGUUGCAGAAUUCUUCAGUUGGAUUAUUACUGGAAAUCAGACAAGCUGCUGAAUUCAUGGAAUUACCAGAGCUCUUGGUUUUUGUAUCUAAUUUACAAUCUCAUGAAGAAUUUUUGAAUCCAGAACUGAAGCAAAGGUAUAAACAGGCUGUCCGGGCUCGGUUGAGAGACCUGUGCCUGAACCAGGGGCUUUUUGCUGAUGUGAUGUUCCAGCUGGACGAUGGCUGCUUGCCUGCUCACCGUCCUUUGCUCAUGGCUCGUUGCGACAUGAUGAGGGCCAUGUUCUCUGGUGAUUUUCGUGAAGGAACUGCCAAAGUUGUACUAAGCAAAAGACCUCACACCCUCAUCCUGUUGAAGAUGUGGUUUGCUGCUGUAAGAGAGAAGGCAGCGCUUUCAGGGGAUAGUCCUGAUAGACAGAAACGUGUAAUCUGGAAUUAUAUCACUGAGGAGUAG